AUGAAUAAAGAACAAAGAGAUCGAUUAAAUAAUCAUUUCUUUGAAAAAUUUUACUUUACUGGUGAAAAAUAUCUUUUAUUAACUUGCACGACUUCUAAUUCACAAGAGCAACAAAAAACCGCUUAUGAUGAUCUUCGUAAUGCUGCAACGAAUUUCCGUAAAGCCCUUAUGGUUUUAAGCAAUGCUCAUUCUGAUUUCGUAUCACGUCAUGAAGCAAUGCAUUUAAUGGAUAAUGUGUGGGAUAAAUAUGACCAAUGUUGGAUUGGAAAUAAAGAAAAUGGUGGUAACACGGUAAAUUUGACUGAAUUAAUUGAGGAUGAAGUAAAUAAAAAACUUUUAAAGAAAGCACAAAAGAAGGGUGUAAAGAGCAUAAGCAAUAUCAAAGAGUUCAAAUCUGAAUUAAAGAUGGAACAUGUUGUUAAUAUGCAAUGUAUUGCUGAAGAUGAUUAUGACUUCAUGGAACCACCUGAUUUAAGUCUCUUGGUUAAUUAUUUAAAAGAUUGUGCUGUACACGAUACGAGCAUUUCAUCAUCGUUUAAAGACGAUAAAGUUGACACUGACUCUAUCAAAACUCCUCCAAAACGCGAUAUAACUAGUCAUUUAAGGGAUAUACGGACAACCAAUCCUGCUCUAUCUGGAUUUAACAACAAUGAUAUAAUGGAUAUCGAUAAUGAUCCUUUAAAUAUAUAUGACGGGAGAUUCUCCAACGAGCAACAUAUCAUAAAACAUUUAAAAAACCAUAAAAUGAUUCAAAAUGACACCAUUCCAAUGGAUGUAAAUUAUAUAAAUGAUGAUAACGAUCAACAUGAUUAUUCUACGGUUCAGCGUGGCUCUUUUAUUACCGCAAGACAACAAAUGUUGGUUGAAAAUCAGAAGAAAGGCCGGUUUUCCCCACCAUAUAAUCAAGGUCAAUCAUACGGUAAUUUUAAUGAUUUCGUUGACAAACCUCAUAUACCGGGGGCCUGCAAAAAGAGGGACAUCGGACCAUCGAAUCAACCCAGUAAAAGAGGAAGGUUCAUAUCUCCUUUAUUGAAACGAAAUGAAAGCCUUGGUGGUGGUGGAUCAAAAAUGCACAAAAAUAAUUAUUCUUCGUCGUCUUCUGGAUCUAAAAGAGACAAAAAUGAUAAAAAAUAUUGUGAUGCAGAAAAAGAACAAGAAAUUGAUAGUAGAUUAAAAAAUAUUGAUCCAAAAAUGAUCGAAAUGAUCCAAAAUGAGAUUAUGGAUCGUGCUCCCAGCAUUUCUUGGGAAGAUAUCGCUGGAUUAGAACACGCGAAAAAAACCAUUCAAGAGGCCGUUACAUGGCCUAUGUUAAGACCAGAUAUUUUUACAGGGUUAAGAGGCCCUCCUAAAGGUUUGCUCAUCACAUUCACCUUACGACUUCUUGCAAAUAUAAAACUUAAAUUGAUUAAAAAUAUCUAUAGGAUUAUUACUUUUUGGACCUCCAGGGACCGUGCUUCAUCACUAACUUCGAAAUGGGUUGGCGAUGGUGAAAAAAUGGUUCGCGCCUUAUUCGCUGUUGCAAGAGUAAAUCAACCCGCUGUAGUAUUCGUAGAUGAGAUCGAUUCUUUAUUAACUCAAAGGACUGAUGGUGAAUUUGAAUCUUCAAGACGCAUCAAAACUGAGUUUUUGGUUCAAUUUGAUGGUGUGAAAACCGCUGGGUUAGAAGAGGAUCGAAUUCUUAUUGUUGGGGCAACCAAUAGGCCACAAGAAAUCGAUGAAGCUGCACGACGCAGAUUUCGUAAAAGACUCUAUAUUCCUUUACCAGAAUUAGAUGGAAGAUACUGCAUUAUAAAAAAUUUAUUACAGAAACAAAAACACUCGUUAACCGAUCAAGAAAUUUAUGAAAUUUGUGAGAAAACUGCAGCGGAUGAUGUCCGACCAAUAAAUUAUCAAGAUUUUUUAAACGCAUUGACGCAAGUUCGUGCAAGCGUUAGCGAUCGCGACUUGGAACUAUACCAAACAUGGAACCAAAAUUAUGGAAGUUUGUCAUAA